AUGUUUUAUCACGAUAUGGUUCUAAGCAGUGUUCGAUUUUUAGGAAUAUUUACUUUCUUAACAUGUUUCUACAGUACUUAUGGUUACGAUAUCCGUCGUCAUCCUUGCUGUCAAGAGCCAAGCGACAAUAUAACUCUUUCUAUGAUAAUAGACGCCUAUGAGAUAUAUGGACACGACCCGACUGAUAAAUUAGAUCACCUUGCUCAUUAUCAGAUACAAAUGAUGAAGAUUAAAAGGGCGCCGGAUCAGUAUAUAAUAAAUGAACACGUACACAUAGCUACUGAUCAUCUCGGAAGAUUUAUAACGAUGCAUAUCAAAGAACUUAAGGUACUCCUCAUUGCUCUGGACGAUGCAAUAGAUAAUAUGCUAACUAUGUACGAUAAUCACAACGCUAUAAAAACUGAACGCGUGGCCACUUACAACUCAGGAGCGGGCGGUGCUGUUCCUUCAGAGUUUUAUAUGAGUCAGGAAUUCUACUGCGGAAGGAAUGUGUAUCUUUUUGUGUCGGAGCUAUACAGCGAUAUAUACAACAUGGGUCGCGGGAUCACGCCGUAUUGCAAGGGAAGAGGUUUCCAUUUCCUUGGUUUUGUCCAUUUUAUGAACGACAAUAAAUACUUCUUAGAAGAAGAUCCGAGCAUAUCAUUCCAGAUGGACAACUACAUUCACGGGCUGGAGUGUCAUUUGGGAGUUUGUAUUUUCAGGUUUCCGUUUAAGAAGAGCUUGCAGCACAUCAGAGACGUCUCGACUCUACCGAAGGCGAUAGUCAAAUGCGGUCUUGUUAUGUACAAACUACCCCCACUCACUGCGGUUUCCUGUAUCAUAACUUCCGGUUCAUUUAUAUUAGAUUUCAAUAUACAGGGAAUACGGUUCAGGCAUUACGAUUAUAUGCUGUUCUUACCAAACGGUCAAUCAUAUUAUACUAAAGAAAAGUUCACACCUCUCGUUUGCGACCAUCACGUCUGUGAAUGGAAUAAUACCAAUUUCUACGGAGGUCCGUUCAUAAUACCCGGUGAUCCUGGAACAGGCUUGUCUCCUAUUCCGCCGUUUAUCGAUCAAACUACUGAGGCUAUAAGAGUGUCAACGGAAUAUCCACCGGGCCCAGACUACACUAAUAUAACAUAUAGUUUAGACGGCUGUUGGUUCAUGUUCCCUCCUAACUACGGUUCCAUCGCUGGCGUCUCAUAUUUGGACCCGCUCACAGUCAAUGAAUACAGAUACACGUGUUCGGGCGGGAAUAAUAAGGGCUUGUACUGGUAUCCACAAUGGAUGGGUGCCCCUCCUCAUCAUCCAUACCCUCGUUCCGGGGAUGUCCCCGAUGGAUCGGCAGUCGUCCCAGGGCCAUACUACCCUCACUUACAAGGAAACUCCGCGGAUAUGAACUUACAUAUUGAUAAUGAAUAA